AUGACGCGACCACAAAUAAUACGAGCAGACACCAUUGACUUGCAGGACAAAUCGUCUCCCACUGCACAGGACCACUCCAACCAGCCAGAACACCCGGCCCCGCUCGGAAUUGGUCCAGCUGCACCCCAUCAGCAAGCCUCGCUGCAGUCUGUCGAAGAUGAGCGCAACGCCGAGGAGUCGCGCCUGCAAAACGCCUGGAACCAUGCCGGAUCCUCGCUGCGCGACGACCCUGGCUCAGACGAUGAGCGUACGACGAUAGACCAUGCGCACGGCCAAAACUCACAACACCACGACAACGACGAUGACGACAUGCAAGACGCCGACGUCGAGGAGGACAUGGACGACGACAUGCUCGACAAGAUCUCGAGUUCACCUUCGAUUGACGAUGGUGGGUAUUCUUUACCUUCUUACCCUCUGGCUUGGCCCACGCGACGGGAGUCUCUGACUCCGCAGUCGUCGCCGGUCAUCCCAAGUUCCGCUUCUUCGUCCCCUUUCACAGCUACCCCCGUACACUUUCCCCUUCCUGUCACUAGUGCUGGUCGACCUCUCAGCCUCCCAGCACCUGGUACCGACCAAGCCUCGACUCUUUCACGUCAAAAUCUCACAGCACCACUCCUACUUCAAUUCUCUCAGCACCCCCAAUCAUUGCAGUCAGCGGAGCAUCAUCAUGGUGAGUAUACCUGGACAAGGACCACCCACGAGUGGCACAUCGACAGCCCGACCACGCCGGACGACGAAUCGAGCCCGAGAACCCGGCAGUUGAGGCUUGUAGAACGCAGGUUGCAGCUCAUGAGGGAGGAUUCGCAGGCAUCUCUCAUGUCUGAGCUGGACCAGGACCAUGCUAGCAGGAUGCUGCAGCCCGUUCGGCCGCCAUGCUUUCCCUUACCAGACGACCCUUUCGUCGAGACCGUCGCACGUGCCCCGCGCAGUACUAACGGCACUCCGCCUCCACCCAAGCAUCCUGAAGAGGAAGACGACUCUUGGACGACCGACAGCGACACCGACUCCUGGGACGAGGGUCUGGACAAUGAAGAUGAUGCAUCCAAUGACUUUUCCUUCUCUGACGACCCCAGAUUUGUUGACUCAGGGUGGGGAGGCGAAUGCUUACGAGAAACAGAAGAUAUCGAUUUCGAAUUCGUCUACGCCCUGCACACCUUCGUCGCCACGGUAGAGGGCCAGGCAAAUGCAACCAAGGGUGACACAAUGGUGCUGCUCGACGAUAGCAACAGCUACUGGUGGCUUGUGCGUAUCGUCAAAGACAGCAGUAUCGGCUACUUACCUGCAGAGCACAUCGAGACCCCCACGGAACGCUUGGCGCGCCUGAACAAGCACAGAAAUAUCGAUCUGUCGGCAACAAUGCUCGGGGACACGGCCGAGAAGACGAAGAAUCCCCUCAAGAAGGCUAUGCGCCGGCGGAAUGCAAAGACGGUGCAAUUCGGUGCGCCUACCUAUGUCGAAGCAUCCGACUACGACUACUCUUCGGACGAGGAAGGGGGGGAGUUGUUUGGUGGGCCGGAGCCCAAGCAGGCUCAGCAGCAAGAACAGCAGCAAGAAACUGCGCAGAAGUCGGAGGUCGAGCAAGACGAUCCUAUGCAAGUGCAGCCCCUCAAGCUCGGCGGCGUGAAGAAGGUUUCGUCUGAGGAGUCGCGGACGUCGAGCGAGGAGGCUGGUGCAGAUGAUGACAAGUCGAGGACGAGCGAUGAGAUCUUUGAUCGACCGCUGGACCAGAAGGUUUCACGCAACGGCACGCUUCGUAACACGGAUUCCUUCUUCAAGGACGAGAACACAGAGACGCGGAAAAUCACCCUUACACCCAACCUGCUACGCGACGAUUCAAGCACAUCCACGACGGGCUCUCGCGAGCACGGGCCGAGCUUGGAGAGCCUGGAGAAGAACGGAUUUGCUGAUAAAGUCAAGGACGAGAAGAAGAAGAAAGACAAGAAGUCCGGUAUGCUCAGUGGACUGUUCAAGCGCAAGGACAAGAAGGACAAGGACUCAAAGGGCGAUGCUGAUACCAUCGAGGCCGACCUGAAGAAAGCAGUUGAAAAGCCAGAACAAACGUCACCACAGGCGACCCAGGCGACCCAGGCGACCCAAGCAACACAGGCAAAGCCCGCAGAAGUCUCACCGGAGCGUCAACCAGAAGAGCAAGUUGGACCGACGCCGUCAAGGCAAUCAAGCAAGGGCAAACUGCAGAAGCAGCAGCGCGCCAGGACCGACUCGCCUAUCAAAACAAAGGGUAUUUUGAAGACUGACAGUCCUAUGGAAGCCACCGUGGACCCAGAAGAAGACAUCGGUGCAAGCGAGAACAGGCCGGCUGGACAGCAGACCACAUCGACGAUGCGCAUAGUCUCUCCAGACCAAGAUCAGCCACAAGCACAGCCAGCUGGACGAGAGCGAGUGAAAUCACCGGAGAGUCAAUCCGUCAUGGCCGCCAUAAGCUCGAAGAACCCGUUCAGAUCAAACACCACAACGGAAAGCGCACCAAAGCCGGAGAAGGUCCACAAAGCGAAAGAGCGAGUGCAGCUGGACGACUUUGAUUCUAGCGAGGAAGAGAGCGACGACCCAUUCGCCGACCCCGACGCGCGGGACAAACCACGCGAACAGACAGCAACCGAGCCCGUAGGCCGUCUGUCUGAGUCGCCCGUCCAAGUCUCUGCUGCAGAUGCACAGCCCACGGUCAAAGAGGUCGCGCCAGUCAGGGAUCUGGAGUCCGACGCUCAGCAGCCUCCAGGACUCACCGGGGACAACUCAUCUGCCGACACAAGCUCGCGCGUAUCAACGCCAGACCUGGACGACGCGACCCCAGACACAAUCGUACCAGACAAGCUCAACGUGGCAGCGCCUCGCAGCGGAACAUCGCCGUCGCCGACCGUCCUCUCGCCCAAUGCGCACACAAACCUCAUACCGCCCCCGUCUCGAACCGCGCCUACGCCACUGAACCUCAACACUUCGCCCACUGUCUCCUCCGCCCCUGUAUCAUCCGAGAGCGCAACAAUACCCGCCUGGUCCGACGCCAAUCUACGCUCGUACCUUGACGACGGCAGCGAGAUCCGCGACCUGCUCCUCAUGAUCAACGACACGACGGGCGUCGUGCCCGUCAGCAAAGAUCACCCGCUCAUGAGCGGCCUCUUCGUUGAGGAAUCAAAGGCCGCACAGAGCCUCAGCUCUGAGCUCGACAGGCUCCUUAAUAGCCUUGUGGAUAACCGCAUGACGCGCAAUAGCAGUACCGCAAGCAAGAGCUGGUUUAGUUAG